AGAGGGGAGAGGGAGUAAAAUGGAAGAUUCUGGAAAGAAAAGGGCGCGCUUUCUCCCUUCCUGGUUUCGUGUUCUUCUCAACUACCCUCGUUUUUCAGCAAUUCGCAUCUGCACACUGCAAAUUGAAUCAAUCUGAAUAUGGAUUCGUUAAGCCCUGCCGUCUUUGUCAACGCGGAAUUGUUACCCUUUUGUGUUGGAAGAAGGGUUCGUACAGUGAUACAAGUAGUGCGAUCUGAGGGUGUACUCGUCAUUGGAAAAUCACCGGAUGAGAAGCAGAUUAUUGUAAAAGUAUCACCUGAUUCACCCCUACCAUCUCCUCUUACAGCUUUUGUAGAAGUUAUUGGUAUCGUUAACAGUGACAAGUCCAUCAAAGCUGAGUUAUGGACCAACUUUGGGGAUGAAAUUGAUAUGUUCAGCUACCAUAAGCUUUGUCAGCUUGCAAAUGGAGAAUUCAAACACUUGUUCCUGUGAUUUGAAUUUACAACACAACCUUAUCUGACUAUACAAACACCUCUCUAUCAGAUGCAAAUGGAGGAUUCAAAUACUUGUAUCAGUUUUCAUGGUAAAUAAUUUGUGCUUGUUAUAAUUGAAAUCUAUGAAAAAAAUUGGGGGCAUAUUCUGAUGUUUAUUACACUUGUUUGUUAUCUUUAAUAUUUUACAUUUCCCCAUUAUUAGAUAUAUGAGAAAUAGAUUUGUUGGUUUA